AUGGAGGAGGACAGCAACUGUACGUCCAAUUUUGGGAAACGGCACACUUUCACCCUCAACGUCCUCAACAUCGCUGUAGUAUGGUGGCUCCUACCGGUUCUAUUGAAGCUAUGGGAAAGACAACCUAAAUCUAUCCUCGACGGUAUAAUGUUUUCGGCACUUCAAGCGUCGCAACCCGGAGCUGCUGCUCACUACGCAAUCAGAGCUAGCUGUAACCACGAAGAGCGACUGUCUUUGUUCUACAAAGGAAUAAAAAAAUCCGGAGACCCAGCAAACCCAGGAACCCCAGCAAAGGUGCCGUGGUAUAUGGUCUUCCUUCACAUUAUUAUCGAUGCGGGCUUCGUGCUUUAUCCCGCCAUCUCUCUCAUCGUCAAGCGCCCCGGCUGCGAUUCCGAUGUUAGCUUACCUAUGCUCUGGUUUUACCCGUCCCUUCCUGCUGCCAUAUUCGGUCUUUGGAUUACGUUGGACGCAAAGGUUCUGAAGCUGCGAAAAGGAUGGUCCCUCGCUGGUUGCUACAUAACUAUACUAGGAGUCGGCCUUGGUAUUGCAAUUCCUACAUGGCUGACUUACAUGGGUACUUCGAGUACUUCCGGGUACCAUUGGCCGAUUUUUGCAUACUUUUACAUGGCAUUUCCAGCGGCAUUGUUUGUCAAUAGCAGGAUAAGGGGACCACUCAUCGCCUUUAUAUGCGCAGCAAUUGCCGUUGCUGCGCGCAAUGGUCCUAUCGCAUACAGUGCUUUGAAAGCCGAUGACGAGGAUUCGAUCAAACUUCCUGUCCCAAGUUGGGUGAAUCAAAAGAUUUUUGCAGGCUUCUACUUAGCAAUAGGGGUUAUUUGUUCGCUGCUCAGUCUCUUACAUUUUUACACUGGUGGGAUGAAACAUCAUCUCGAGCACUUGGAGAAGUUGGAAAAGGAGAAAGGGGAAAGAAAACGGGAAGAGAAAGAGGCAAGAAAAGAGGCGGAGAAAAUGAUGAGAAAGACAGCGGCAGCUGAGUCUGAUCCUGAGGCACGCAAUUCUGAAGACCCGGAGAGCACGGAGUUGAACGUUACUCAUGUGGAUAUUACUGUCCAGGCAUCGAAAUGCCUCCUGAAGCCUUGAUGACGUCUACAAUGUAGAUAGUCAGCGCACUUCUACCUUUAUAUAAGCACAUACCAUAAAGCGCGCACAAAUAAUUUAUGAGUUAUGCUGUAACCAGGUCUCCCAAGACCUGACUUUACACGCAGUACCAACGUCGGCCUGCCGUCCGUCCACCUCCAACUCGCUUUAACGUACGCCCUUUUACUGCUCUUUCUCUUCUCUUCACAUCUUACCACCAGUCCUCCCUGAGUCCGCGUA